CCCCCCGCGAGUAAGGGGCGGUGGUAGCGUCUGCUCGGUUACAAAUGGCCCCUCCCGCCCCGCUCGCCCGCUCGCUCGGGCUCGGCGCGGACCCGCCCGGGCGCGCUCCUCGCGCCGGUUCCCGGCGUCCCGCCGCCCUGCCGGGAACGGGCCAGCGGCCCCCGCCACCCCUAAGGUCGCUGCCGACACCCGGUGCAGAGGCUCGCCGGCGGAGGUCGCUACGGGAGGCUGGACCGCGGAGGCGCGCGGCUCUCCCACCCGCAGGUCUUCCCUUGAUACGGUGAAUGGAGACUGCUCUUCUGCCUGAGAGUGGUUCAAAACGUAUCCAGGCUUUCUGUGGGAGUCCCCUCUGAACUGCAGCCACCCUGCCCUCUACUUGAUGAGUACUCCGUGGUCAGACACUCAGAUGCAGCCACAAAAGGUGCUGUGCAGAUCCCAGCUACCAGUGACUCCACAAUGGCCACUGCCCUUGGGACCACUGUCUCCUAAAACAGGACUGAAGCCUGGAACAACACUGGACGCAAAAGGCGAACACCAAAACGAGAAUUCCAAAGUCAUUUCACUGCUGACACGCUCCUCCGUGUCUACCCGCUGAAUCUGAUUGCCGAGCAGCCCGGCGGGUCACCUGCUGGUGGAAAGGCAGAGCACAGUGACGGCUCAUCGGGGUUCACACCGACCACCCGAUUUCCUUUCGGAAUAUCUGGUUACCGAGCCACCUCCCAGGGCGGGGAUGCGCAAGCUCUGGGGGACUGUAUUUCCCACCGAGGACUUGCUGAAGGCAGGAGGGCCCCCCCAGAGAAGCACCGAUGCGCAGCACCGAGGACGCGACCGCACCACCGCCAGCGGCCCCAGUGACCUCCCGGCACGGUGCGGUGGGGCAGCUGGUGUUGUGAAUCAGGCCGUUGCCACUCAGAGAACGGCUACUUCACAACACCAGGGUCACACCCCACCACAGGCACCGGCCGCCAGGACCCUGCGGCGGCUCAUCCUGGGGCACGCCCAGGGCCUCUGGAAGCCCAGCUUGCACGCGGCUGUGGCUCUUCCUGUGCGCAGCGUGGACUCCACCGCAAACGGGUGCCUGGGGCUGUUUGCCCCCCAGCACAAGUGUCCCCCUCCACUGUCGCAGCCAGAAUGCCCUCUUCGGGAUGCAUGCCUGCGUCAUGUGAAUCCCUCCACCCUGCCUGAAACUACUUCAAGAGUUGGCCUCACUCUGACUGCAGAGCCUGGCUUCCUGUGGGCCAGCGCCGCAGCCUGGAGGCCGGGUGCACCCAGCAGGCUGAAUUCUGCCUUUUCAGAACGCUCCUCUCACGCAGCCAUCGUGCAUCCAUUCCUGGGACUCUCCGCUGAGGUAUGGCUCCUCUUCCAAAAUGCACGCGGCCUCACUGAGAACGGCCUCCCCAUCAUGCCGAACAUCCCAGACCCUCCACUGAAGCACACUGGAUGCUACCUGACUGUGCCACCGGAAAGAAACAAGAGGACACCUGGGUGGCUCAAUCUGUUAAGGGUCCGACUUCGGCUCAGGUCAUGAUCUCGCGGUCUGUGAGUUCGAGCCCCGCGUCGGGCUCUGUGCCGACAGCUCGGAGCCUGGAGCCUGUUCGGAUUCUGUGUCUCCCUCUCUCUCUACCCCUCCCCUGCUCGCUCGCUCGCUCGCUCUCAAAAAUAAAAUUUUUAAGAAAUUAAAAAAGAAACUAGAAUGUCCAUUCCCCCACCCUCUUCUGAAACCUUGGUUGAGUGAUCUACAUCACCCAAAGCUCUGAGUUCAGAACCUUUGUAACUACCUUGGGGGUCCCGCGUUUGCUGCUACCACAUUCCCGUGGGGACUCUCUCAAGGGGCCCCUCUGCAGACCACCAGAAGCUUGGGAGCUGCAGGGAACUUGUCUGAUACGCACUUUGACAUCCACUCUGCUGACCCCGGUCCGUGCCUCUGGGGAAAGCCAGGUUCAGAAAGGACAUUUUCCGGGUAAAUACUUAGUAUCAAGUAAAACAGUGGUUCUCAAAAUGUCUCCAGCAUCAGCUUCACCGGGGAACUUGACCUGAAAAUUCUCCAUGUACCGCGCCCUGCCCC